GUUGUGAAGAUGUUCGAUUCGCCAAUACUUCGCGUUGUGUUAGUGGUUUUAUUUUUAACUUUAUCACAUGCAUUUGCUGAUGACCUACUUUUACCAAACCAGAGAACAUCACUUGAUGAUUGCAGAAAACGAUUCACAACAACAUAUCAACCCAAGUCUCAAUUUCUGUUAGCGUUACCCUUUGAAUCGCCACAUACAGCUUUGAUUGUUGAGGAGGAAUCGUAUCUCAUCCAAUGCAUGGGAUCGUUGAUAACGGAAAACGUAAUUCUAGGUGCUGGUUACUGCAUCCCGGACAAAAGUGUGUCUUACCUAGCUAUUUUCACGGAAGAUCCUUGGUAUAAUAACGAUCAUAUUGAGCAAAAGCAUAAGAUCGUUGACUUCUCAGUUCAUCCGAGUUACAAAAACAGUUCCAGCAUCGACAACAUUGCCCUUAUGAAGCUGGAGAAAAAUGUUAACAUUAAUACGCAUGUUAUUCCAGCCUGUUUAUGGCCCAAAGAAGCUGCCAAUAAGCUAUACUAUCCAUUUUUUGAUGAUGUUUCCAAAAAAAUUAAAAAGGAGCCCUUGUUCCCGAUUGACACUUCGAAAUGUGAUACAAACUUAUCAUUUACCACGCGAACUGGUGAAUAUAUAUUAGAAAAACAAUGUGAAGAGUACGAAAGCAUUGAUCAAUGUUCGAAAUGGACCACCGGACCGGUAGAAGUGAGGCUGUCCCAUGAUGGUAAAAUCGUUCCAUUUUUAGUAGGAAUACUAUGCAACAUAAAGAAAGGUCGUAUGGUCGCAUACAUUUCAAUAUUCAAAUUUCGCGACUGGAUCACUGCAACCCUCGAAAGCUUUCAGCAAUCAGAUGCAGCGGAGUACGUUUUCAAACCAAGCGAUUGCGCCGAACGUCAUAAACAUUUGCGAGAGCAUACGAACAAUAACAUCUUCGAUGAUGAUGUUCUUCUUGAAGAUGAUUUUGAUCCGAAUAAGAAUAAAAUGCCUUUCAACUCCCAUACCGUAAAGUUGCUGUGGGCGGACGAGUUGGCAACAAAUGUGUCCUCUUGCUACGGUGCACACGUCGAGCCGGACGCGAUCGUUACAUUGGCGCUAUGUACUUCAUAUUUGGGGAUUCCUCCUUCGAAGGUGUUGUUUUACGAUUUGUCGGAGCUAAACAUUCGCGAAAUCAUCGUUCAUCCCAACUACACGCGCACUGCCGAGCCCAAUUAUAACGAUGUUGCUGUUGUGAAACUAGAAUCUCCAGUCAAAUUCAUUCCAACCAUCUGUGGCUGGUAUGACGAUAUUCAUCCAUCUAUCGAUCUUGGAGUAAAAGCAGUAGUAACUGAGAAGUUUCAAACUGAAUAUCAAAAGUCAUCAACAACAUUAGUAACAACCCUGGAGAACAACAAACGGUGUCUUGCAGCACUACGCAAACGAUACCAACUGCCACAAGACACGCUGGAUAAGUAUUUGUGUUUACACUACGAACUGUCUUCGAUACGAAGCUCCUACCAGAUAGAAUUGGGCGCUCCAAUUCAUGGAAUUAAACGAGUACAUUACUAUGUAGUAGGACUGAAUCUUGUUGGGCAUGACACCGACGUAGACACUCCGAUGAUUGGAAUACGGUUUAGCAUUCACAAGGCAUGGUUCGAGUCAGUAUUACUGCCUGCAAAGAAUAAACAGAACACAAACAUGUCCUUUGAAGGAGUAACAUACGUUGAUUCUGAUCUUCGAUAUGCCGACAAAUGUGGAUAUUCCGAUGGAGUCAAAGGAACGUGUGCGGAUAUUUCAAACUGUCCCUCUAUCGAACAACGGCUAAAAGAUAGCAAGCUUAUCACUUUUUGUACGAACAGAACGGUAGUUUGUUGUCCACAGCAAUCGAUAAGCUCAACAGAAAAAGAUCUCCAUGAAUGUCCGCAAUAUUAUAGCCAUUUACGACAAGAACGACAUGCCAAAUCGAUGGAGGACCGUUCGUUGGAUAAUCAAUCUCCCCACCUGGUUGAACUAGGAUGGGCAUACCCUCCACAUGAAUUUAUUGAAUGUACAGGAUACCUCAUCACAACUCGUGUUAUCCUUACAAUGGCCUCCUGCCUUCGACGGAGAGAUUCAGGACCUAACGUGGUACGUUUUGAUGGUAUAUGGCCUAGAAAUGGUACAGAACCAACAUUCAUUCCCGUUGGCAAAAUAGAGUAUCAUCCAAUGUACAAUAAAACAACAAAAGAGCAUAACUUUGCCAUUGUGACGUUGGUGUCGGCAUAUGAGCCAAACUGGAAUAUCUUCCCUGGAUGCAUUUGGUUGAACGAGACGCACUUUCCUACGCAUCAAAAAGUGUGGGUCGAGCGUAACAAACGUUUCUAUGACAUUUACCAGAUGUACCAGAAUGACUGUGAAACAUACCUGAAUCGUUCAAUGGCAGAUUCGGAGGCCUGCAUGUUUCGUAAACGGUGGACUUGUGCUUCUUAUUACAACCCAAUACUUAAAGAGGCUUCGCCGAAAUGUGUAUUUCAAACCGAAGAUGUAUUGUUGGCCGAAAUUCACAAAGUUGAAUACAAAUUGCAAACACCAAUUAUAUCGCAUCAGUUGGACAAAAACGGUAAAACGAUUGAAUACUUGAUGAGCAAUUUGGAAUGCGAUUUGCAUUACAAAUGGCGCACAUCAAUUGAAAAUGAAAUCUCAACUACACAGCGUGCAACGUCGGAAAAAGACUGGAUUGUGUCGGUGCUAGAAUCGAACAAAAUCAGUACCUAAUGAUAAAGUGACACAAUUAAUCCAACAAAGGUAAGAAAGGUUGCAGAUAUCAGCUAUUUCGCAUACGUCAAUGAAAAGCAUUGUAAUAAAGGUUUAGGAGUCUAAUAAAUAACCAUCCUUAUGUUUAUAACACCUAAGGUGAGA